AUUUUGGAUGGCACACAGCUCAUCUAUGCGGUUCUUCGCCGGCUCCUCUCUCUCUCUCUCUUUCUUUGUCUAAUUAUAGAUCACAUCAGCCAGACCAUGAUUAUAGCACUCUUAUGAUUUCAAUGUAAAAAAACAGAUUACAUGAGUAUAGAGGAACAUCUUGAAGACGAUGAAGAACCACCUUUACUGCUCAGCUCCUGUCUGUCUCAUCCUGCUGGAGUUAUGGGGGACAAUAGCGGCGCAGUGUCAAUGGGAAGAGGGCUGUGUUUGUCCACUCUGUCCUGCUGGAAAGGAGCCUACCAUGGCUUGUGGGAAAGCUGAGGGUCCCGGUGUGACUGAAUCAUGCCGUAUUUGCCCACCAGGCAGCUUCUCAGAUGCUCCUAACACUAAGCCGUGCCGCCCACAUACCUCCUGCAGAGAACUCAACCGUUGGACCCUCACCGCACCGACCUCACAUUCUGACACCAUGUGUGGAGGAUGUCUUCCUGGGUUUCACCCUGCUGCUACACGGAAGACCUCAACCUUCCAUGCCUGCGUCAGGAAGCUAGACAGUCGGCGCAAACGUAACGUUGGUAAGAGCACCCCCAGCAGGUCUGGAGUGGGAAGUGCAAACUCCACCAGCAUUCACGGUCCUGAGGAGAAGAGCACUGAGUAUGCUGUGUUUGCACUGGUGCCUAUCUUCUGCAUGAUGGGACUGCUGGGGAUUUUCAUCUGCAACCUACUGAAGAAGAAGGGCUUCCGCUGCAACGCCGAAAAAGAGGCCUUGGACGAAGAGUCUGCCACCCCACAGAAAGAAGGAAAUGCUUGUCCGUAUGUUAUCGAUGACUCCAAUGAAGAUACAAUCAGCGUUCUGGUUCGACUCAUCACAGAGAAGAAAGAAAACGCAGCUGCUCUGGAAGAACUGUUGCUGGAAUAUGAGAAUAAAGAGAUGGCUGUGAACAAAAGCUCAUCUAUCAAGUUUCCAGCUCUUCCUAAUUUUUCACAGUUCCGCUCAUUGCCAAGGCUGUGUACCCACCAGCAUCAUUUGCACACUAUAAACGGGCUGGCAUCUCGCUCUGGGCUCUGCUGUUCCCGCUGCAGCCAGAAGAAAUGGCCCGAACUGCUGCUACCCGCCGAUACUCACAAAGGCCCUACUAACCUGGUCAAGGACCCCUUGCCCGACGACGUCACUGUACUGUCUGUUGGAAGGUUCCAAGUUGCUCAGAUCCAGGAAAUUAAGUCUGCUUCCAAGGAAGUGACCCGGACGGAAUCGAGCGAUACAGACUCUGUAGACAGUGGCCACACUGACUCCGUGGAAGACAGGUCCCUGUUGGGUGUGUCCUCUUCCUGUAACUCCGCCUCCUCAAAAGCAGACAGAAGGUGAACAUAUGAAAGAAUAAAGGAGGACAUCCAUUGAAGUGACACUACCUCCUUGAGGAUGACAUCAUCGGCAGUGGACACAUCAGGGCAGAUAUGUUCCGGUGAUGUCAGUGUUCAUGCCCUUGUGGAGCCUUGGAAUUCAAGACCUUUGGAAACAUUUGUAUUUAUUGCAAAAGUCAUAGAACUAUUUUAAUUUAUUGAAUAAUAAAAAAAUGAUCUCUGUCUCUGCUAUCAGAUAAUAAGAGACAGUAUGGUAAUAAGAUGUCUUAAGUACGGCCUUGUCCGCUAAGUUGCACAAAGCGCUGCUGACAGAAGCCGCCUUUUCACUGAUGCAAAUGUCUCAAUUCGCCCCAAUUGCGGAAGUAAUAAUGAACUUUCAAUGAGUUUGCGAAGCCGUCUUUUCACCCGUACAGACCUGCAAUGUUUGUGUUUGCUUCUCUAGUGAAGGAGCAUGACAGCAAGAGCUUUUACUCUCCAUUUAUUGACCAGUGUUGGGGGAAUGAAUAGUGAAUUAAUAACUGAUAACACUUUUGGAAGGAUUUCCCAAGGCUACAGUGUUAAACAAUGUAAUUCAUGAUUUAUGGAUUAUUUAUUUUUAUUCAUAACUGUCCACUGAGCAAGCAUUAGUAUAAAGUUUCACAAAAAACAUUUACAGUUUUAACUGGAAUACAUCUCAUCCGGUUGGACGAUCGCACACUGUCUUGUCACACAAUAUUUCAAAUCGGAUCUGAAAAAACAAAUAAGUAGAUCAGAUGACAUGCCGUCUAUUGUCUGGCAUUUGUCAUUAGCUGUGAAACACACUUGACACACUGAACAAACAGCAAUCGGAACAAUGACACAUAGUUUGAAAACAUUAACAAGUAUUAUGAGAAACUCUGUAAGACUGAUCUACAUGUCUUUGUCAUUUUUUUUUAUUUUUAUUGUUUUGUUAGCAUUUUAUUUUGGGUUUGUUUUUUGUUUUGUUUUUAGGAUUUUACAUGGGUGGUAUAUGUACAAUCAUGGUCAAAGGUUUGCAAACACAUUGUUUUGUUUAAAUAAAAAAAUAUCCUAAAAUAUCUGAAACCAUUUUUAAUUUCACAUAUAUCAUUUAAAAGUUGAUGUCCAUGAGCAUUUUUUAAAUCAGUCUAUGUACAGGGGAAAGUGUAUAUGUUAGGUACUGAUCAGCAUUUUUUGCCUUUACUUUAUCAUUUGCAAUGGUCCAUUUAGCUUAUUUAACGGGCGGCUGUGGCUCAGGUGGUGUAGCGGGUCGGCCACUAAUCGCAGGGUUGGCGGUUCGAUUCCUGGCCCACAUGACUCCACAUGCCGAAGUGUCCUUGGGCAAGACACUGAACCCCAAGUUGCUCCCAAUGGCAGGCUAGCGCCUUGCAUGGUAGCUCUGCCGUCAAUGGUGUGUGAAUGGGUGAAUGAGUCACAGUGUAAUGUGCUUUGAAUACCGCUAAGGUUAAAAAGGCGCUAUAUAAGUGCCGAACAUUUACCAUUUAAUUGUACAAUGUAAAUUUGUUUUAAAGUACAAAUAUAGGCUACAAUCAUAAUAAUUAUCAUUAUUACUGUGUGCAUAUAUGAAUUGGUAAAAAAAAAUGACUGUUUAAAAUAGUUUUACACUAAAGUAUGUGGUGUCUAAAAUUCUGAGACCAAAAGUGAAAAUGCCUUUAUUUUGCAUUGUUCUAAUUUAGAGCUGUAAUUUC